AUGUCAAAAUCAGUAACUCCAGCGACAACAACAUCAACCGAUCUUCAUGCACUUCUGGAAAUCACCACCAAAUCCCACUCAUUCAAACAAAAUCCAAAUAGAAAACCAGUUGGAAACAGACGCUACAAGCCAAGUCGACAAUUGAUAUCAGAUGAAAUCAAAUACAUACAACAGAAAGAAAACCUACCCGUGGAUAAACCUACAUAUUUAUCGGUAACUGCACCUCCUAGCUUAUUACCCAAGAAACAUUAUUGUGAUAUCACAGGAUUGGAAGGCAAGUACAAGAACCCAGCUAAUCAAUUACGCUUCCAUAAUGUAGAGAUAUAUCAAGAGGUUAUAAAAAAUAUCCAUCCUGGUGUUGAUCAAGCUUAUUUAGAGUUAAGAGGAGCCAACGUUGUGCUAAAAUAG